AUGUUCAAAAGGGUCCAUAUCAAUAUUUCAUUGCUGGACGCCGUCAAACAAUUUCCCUUUUAUGCAAAAUUUUUGAAGGAUGCAUGUACAAACAAGAGAAAAGUUGCAGCUCAUGAAAAAGUGAUGUUAACUGAAGAGUGCAAUGUGGUGUUGCUCAAGAAAUUGCCUCCAAAAUUGAAGGACCCAGGGAGUUUUACAAUUCCUUGUAUUAUUGGUGAUGUUCAAUUUGAAAAAGCAUUUUUAGACUUACGCUCAAGCAUUAACUUUAUGCCUUUGUCUAUUUUUCAGCAAUUAGGUAUUGGAGAGCUCAAGAGUACUACCAUUUCUCUUCAACUUGCGGAUAGACCAGUCACAUAUCCUAAAGGAAUCAUUGAAGAGGUGUUGAUCAGAGUGAAGCAAUUUGUGUUUCCGGCUGAUUUUGUUCUUGACAUGGAGGAAGACCAUGACAUCCCACUCUUGCUAUGCCGGCCUUUCCUUGCUACUGCUGGUACAUUGAUUGAUGUACAACAAUGA